UAUUAGAGCGAAUGAUAAGCGGUUCAUUCAAUCGGAUCUUGUGAAUGUAUUAAGUUGAUCGCUGUUAGAGGCUUUUAGAAUUUAAUAAAUUUGCUUUGUUUUGAUCACCAUAUCGUUCUACAAUUUUAAAAACAAAGUUUUUACUAACACAAAAACCAAACAUCAUUGUAAGCGGCAAGAAGAUCACGUAUGCAGUUGAAGUAUUUGCGCUUCUUGACAUGUCUAAAAUUUUUGUGAGAGCUGGAAGAAGUGUCAAAAACAGAAGAAGAAGAAGAAACGAUAAAUCUCAGUUGUUAUCAAAACCUUGUUGAUUAAAACACAAUUAUUUCUUGCUUAUUAGUUUCAAGUGAAUUUCGUCGUUUUGAUUUACACAAUUCGGUGCUUUAUUUCAAACCAAAUCAAAAUGUCGAUGAGAAAAAGUGGUGUUUUACAAAAGAUUCAGAAUUUAUAUUUGAAUCCGAAUGGAGCUGAUGUUUGGUUUGUGUUCGAUGGUGAACGAGUUCCGGGCCAUAAGUUCAUGUUAACCGCAUCAAGUCCAUGGUUGAGUACAAUGUUCAAUGGAUCAUUGCCGGAAGAUAAAGAUGUGGAUAUGACCAAUGGACGAGCAACUGUCGAUGCCUUUAAAGAAUUUUUGCAAUUUUCUUACAUGGACGAUGUGACCCUAACAAUGGAGAAUAUUGAAGGUGUUAUUGAUUUGGCCAAGCAGUCGUUAGCUGACGAUAUAUUUGAGAAAUGUGAAGAGUUUCUCAUAAAAUCGUUGACUAAUGAUAGCAUGUUCUUUGGAUACCAACUGGCACUAAUGUACGAAGCCAAGAAAUUAAAGACAUUUUGCGAAGAUGAAAUCUGUUCGAAUGCUGAAAAGGUCUUCAAAUCAUCCAGUUUUUUAGAAUUUCCGUAUGAAUUUUUGGAAAAUGUUCUGCGGUGCGAUGAAUUAAAUUGUGAAGAGAAGGACAUCUUCGACGCGUGCAUCGCAUGGGCGCAGGCGGCUUGCACACGCAACAAUGAAGAUCCAUCAAACGCUGAAAGUCUUCGUGCUCAACUCAAAGAGUCUAUCUAUCAAAUUCGGUUCUGUUCAAUGACAAAAGAAGAUGUAGCCGCUUGCAUCCGCUCAUGCCGCGGCCUAUUCACUGCAAACGAAUUGGAAGAAAUCGUUUUCAUGGUUAGCAAAGCAAGUGAAAUGGAAGCUAGAAAGUUCAACUGGACUGCACGACGCAUAAAACAAGUAUCGACUAAAGGACAACAUUUACAUUGCUCACGAUUCAAUUGGUUGCGGUACGUAACCCCAUAUUUUGACCGAGGCUUUUAUAUUGGCUUUGGAAGCAACUUAGAAACCACAUUCACUUGCAAUCAACGUGUUCUACUGAAUGGAUUCACUUGCGAAUAUCCAGAUAAGAUUAAAUUUUCGGUUAAUACAAAAAUUAUUGAAAUGAAAUCCGAUGGCAGUGUGAAUGAACUCUACAACCAACGUAAUUUGCUUGAUUUUUCCAAUAAACGAAAUUACAAGACAUACAAUCCAUAUAAAGCGCAUACCAAACUAAGUAAUUUAAUUUUACUCCGCCCCAAUCACACUUAUACAAUCGAAAUUCAAUUCCCAAUCCAACCACUUUAUCGUGGGCCUUUAGGAUUUCCUUUCGAUUUUAACAAUGAGGUUCGCGUUGACCAUGACAUUAUAAUUAAAUUUAAAGGAGGGGAUAAUUAUCCCACUACGAGCGGAAUCAUUUGUUCACUCGACCUAAUCCGAACCGAUGAAAAAAAGUACAUCGACAAGAUCAAGAAAAAUCCCCUAAUGGUAGUAUUAGCAUCUGUUCUGAUUUUGUUUAUUCUAUUUUUGCCCCAAAUCAUUUAUAAUAUCCGUCGUGGGCGCUAACCUUUAUUUAGCAUAUUGGUUUAGUCAGUUGAAUAUGAGUAAUAAGGUGAUGUACAACAAAAUGUUUUUCAUUUAAAUAACAAUAAACAUAGUUUCGCUCAAUUUUCAAUAUAGUCUAUCAUCCAUAUGAAUACGAAUUUGAAGAAAUAUUUUUCCUACUAUUAAAAAUCCAUUGUAUACAUUGAUAUAACAUUUUGAAAUAAAAUAAUACACACUCUCGAAAAUCAGCCAUAUCUGUUAUUAAUAUACCUUGUAGUAAACGCGUUCAUAGUGUUUCACUGUAGUAGCGGUGUAUCCUAUUAAAUUUUCUUGUAGUAAUACCACAGUGGAAUUUAAUAGGAUACUUUGCUACUACAGUGAAACACUAUGAACGCGUUUACUACAAGGUAUAUUAAUAACGGAUAUGGCUGAUUUUUGGGAGUGCAUAUGAUGCAAAUA